AUGGUGUCGGACAAAGUCGCACGCGCGAUCCAGUCAAGGAUUACUACCAUCAGGUCAGGACGUCAUAAUCUGGCAAGAGGCUAUACGGGGUUGCUCAUGAAGCGGCAAUCAUCGUCCCAAUCUGCAGCAAGUUCGGCGGCCGCAGCGGCUCCAGCAGACAAUCCAAUCGUCAUGCGAGUCACGAAUUUCAAGGAGACGGAGGCGUCCAGGCCCGAUUUCGACCACAGCAAAACGCCCAUUACCGUUACCAAGUCGCCCGAUCCGAGUUGGAGUUACGGUGAUGGAGCCCGUGGAAGGGACCCAGCGACCCGAGAUACUGCAGCACAUAUUGAAGUCGACCCCUAUGCCCCCGACCGGUCCAUGGUGAGCAACUACCGUCUUCUAGUCUCGGGGAUCGCGCCGAGGCCCAUAGGCUUCAUCAGCACAAAGUCAGCCGACGGCAAGAGCGAAAAUCUGGCCCCGUUCAGCUACUUUCAGGUCAUUGACCACGACCCGCCAAUGUUUAUUGUCGGCUUCUCAUCGCGGCCCGGGCCGCCCAAGGACACGUAUCGCAACCUGAGCGAGACGGGCGAGUGCGUCAUCAACACGGUCUCCGAGGACAUGAUUGAGGCCGUCAACGCGACUUCCAUCGAUGCUCCGUACGGGGUGUCGGAGUGGGACUUGUCCGGACUCACAAAGGCGCCGACUACCACGGUGGCGCCCGCAAGAGUGCAGGAAUCCGUCUUCUCGAUAGAGGGCAAGGUGGUUGACGUCAACGAGUUCAAGGACCAUGCCAAGGACGGCAAGAGUGUUGCGGCUCUGGUACUUAUCAAGGCAACAAGGUUUUGGGUGCGCUCAGACGCUUCCAAUGCCGACUAUAGUCAUAUUGACCUCGACAAACUGAGACCUAUCGCACAGCUCGGUGGGAUGGCUUAUGGCCGGAUCACAAGCACAUUCGAUCGCCCGAGACCGCGGUGGAACGAUGAAGUGCCCAAGAGCGAGCUUUUGCGCAAAUUGGGAGCGGUAUGA